CCGUGCGCUCCGGCACCUUCGGCAAUUUCCGUCGGGACCUGGCCGCCAUUUUCUCUCCGCUUGUGUGUCUCGCCGGCUGCGUGGCUCGGUUCUUGUGAGCGAAGCUUUGUCCGGUUCGGCAAUGGACGGAAUUGUCACUGAAGUUGCAGUUGGCGUGAAGAGAGGAUCUGACGAACUACUCUCAGGCAGUGUUCUCAGUAGUCCAAACUCUAACAUGAGCAGCAUGGUGGUUACAGCCAAUGGUAAUGAUAGUAAAAAAUUUAAAGGAGAAGAUAAAAUGGAUGGUGCUCCUUCUCGUGUACUUCAUAUUCGGAAAUUACCUGGUGAAGUGACAGAAACUGAAGUUAUUGCUUUAGGCUUACCUUUUGGUAAGGUGACCAACAUCCUUAUGCUGAAAGGAAAAAAUCAGGCAUUUUUGGAACUAGCAACAGAGGAAGCAGCUAUUACUAUGGUUAAUUACUAUUCUGCUGUGACACCUCACCUUCGUAACCAACCGAUUUAUAUUCAGUACUCCAAUCACAAAGAACUAAAAACAGAUAAUACAUUGAACCAACGUGCUCAAGCAGUUCUUCAAGCAGUGACAGCUGUCCAGACAGCAAAUACUCCUCUUAGUGGCACCACAGUUAGUGAGAGUGCAGUGACUCCAGCCCAGAGUCCAGUGCUUAGAAUAAUUAUUGACAAUAUGUAUUACCCUGUAACACUUGAUGUUCUUCACCAAAUAUUUUCUAAGUUUGGUGCUGUAUUGAAGAUAAUCACAUUUACAAAAAAUAACCAGUUUCAAGCUCUUCUCCAGUAUGGUGAUCCAGUAAAUGCUCAGCAAGCAAAACUAGCCCUAGAUGGUCAGAAUAUUUAUAAUGCUUGCUGUACCCUAAGGAUUGAUUUUUCCAAACUUGUGAAUUUGAAUGUAAAAUACAACAAUGAUAAAAGUAGGGAUUAUACUCGACCUGAUCUUCCAUCUGGGGAUGGACAACCUGCAUUGGACCCAGCUAUUGCUGCAGCAUUUGCCAAGGAGACAUCUCUCUUAGGGCUUCCUGUUGCAGCUGUUCCAGGAGCUCUGAGUCCUUUGGCUAUUCCAAAUGCUGCUGCAGCAGCUGCUGCAGCUGCUGCUGGCCGAGUGGGUAUGCCUGGAGUCUCAGCUGGUGGCAAUACAGUCCUGUUGGUUAGCAAUUUAAAUGAAGAGAUGGUUACGCCCCAAAGUCUGUUUACCCUCUUCGGUGUUUAUGGAGAUGUGCAGCGUGUGAAGAUUUUGUACAACAAGAAAGACAGUGCUCUAAUACAGAUGGCUGAUGGAAACCAAUCACAACUGGCCAUGAAUCAUCUUAAUGGACAGAAGAUGUAUGGGAAAAUUAUUCGUGUUACUCUGUCUAAACAUCAGACUGUACAACUACCUCGAGAGGGACUUGAUGAUCAAGGGCUAACAAAAGAUUUUGGUAAUUCCCCACUGCAUCGUUUCAAGAAACCUGGAUCCAAAAAUUUUCAGAACAUUUUUCCUCCUUCUGCAACCCUUCACCUAUCCAAUAUCCCUCCUUCAGUAGCAGAAGAGGAUCUACGAACACUGUUUGCUAACACUGGGGGCACUGUGAAAGCAUUUAAGUUUUUUCAAAGAGAUCACAAAAUGGCUCUUCUUCAGAUGGCAACAGUGGAAGAAGCUAUUCAGGCCUUGAUUGAUCUUCAUAAUUAUAACCUUGGUGAAAACCAUCAUCUGAGAGUGUCUUUCUCCAAGUCAACAAUUUAAAAAAGGGGAGAUGAAGAUUGGCGAUGAAUCACAUUGUUUGGUGUCAACACCUAUUGACUGUUCAGAAAAGUGGGGACCAGAGUUUGAUUUUUUUUGUUGUUUUCUUUUUUCUUUUCUUUUUUCCCAUGCUGUUAUCAUUCCUUGGUUAUAAAAAGAAAUGGCAUAUGUAAAGGCAGAGUUAUUAACUGCUCUUUUUCAUCUGUUCUGUAGAGAAGCCAUUUUUAUUGUCUGUUUAAAAUUUUAAUUUUACUUUCCUUUUUCAACUUAGUUGACAUACGUGCCUUAAAAAGGAAAACUAGUGUUGCUAUUGUGCAUUUACUAGAAGAAAGGAAUUGGUUGUCUAGGGCACAUUGUUAAAUGGGAAUUAACAAUAUGUUUAGGCAGGGGUGUGUAAAAAGGGUUAAGUUUUUGUUUCUCCUGCUUGGAACUUAUUUUGAAUUAUUGGCUUGUCACAUUUCUUUCUAUUUAAUCAAAUAAGAUACAUAAUACUGAAAGAAUAAAGCAGCAUUUUUUUAGUUUUUACUACCUUAGGCUUUAUUGCUUUAAAAAAAAACAUUGGCCUUUUGUAUCUCACAAUUCUGGUCUAGAUUCAGUUAUGAAUGUAGGCAUUAGUUAAAAUUAACAAGAUGCAGAGUAUUAAUUUCUUAAGACAACAAAGUGAUUUCUGUAAGUUUGAGCCCUACGUGGAAAGCAUUGUGGAAUCUUAACCUUUUUGUACACACUCUUGUGGGACGUAUCAUAUAAAUGUCAGCACUAAGUAACGUCUUGUUUGUGGCUGAAUAUUUUUCGUAGAUGUUUUUGAAGUUGACAUGAUUUAUGUGCAUUUAAAUAUAUAUUGCCAUCCUUAGUUUGUAAUUAAGAUUUGGAAUACGGUUGUGGAUUUCUGAGCAUGUGCAGACUGGUCUAGCUAGUUCAGGAACUGGUGCAUGUAUUUUUCAAAGAUAAAAGAAAGUGUACUGCGAAAAUUUGCAGGAAGAUUAAUUUUGUGGCAGUUUUCUAAAACUGACAACCAGGUGGGACCAAAGUUUAUGUGCCUUUAGUCUUAAUUUACCUUGCAUUGUAAUAUUCAGUUUUAAUAAAUCUUCAAAAUAUUUUGUAUUUAGGAAUAGAUCUGACUUUGACUUUAAUAAAAACAUGGCUCAGAAUCUACAGGUCAAAUUAAUUUGAACAGUUCUUGUCAAUCUGAAUUGUUGAUUCUGUUUAAAUGACCAAUACUUUUUCAAAUUGAUGUACUUAGUUUCAAGGUUCAUAGAUUCUGUUAUCUAUGUAGACAGAAUGGUCAUGUAUAUUUUCUAUUAGUUGAGUUUUUACAUCUUUAGAAAUGUAAAAUUCAGUAUAGUUUGAAAGCGGCACAAUUAAAAAUUAAUUUUCUAACAAAGUUGGGAGGUUUGAUGGUUGUUUAAUUUCCUUUUGUGUGUACUCUGCUUACCUCUGUAGCAUGCUCAAUAAACACUUCUGUAGCUCUGUA